GUGUAAUCAGACGGUGUGUGUGAAACAACAGAUGUCUCCUGUAAUUAACUCGUUGCUCGUGCCUGUGUGAAAUCUUCCUUCAACAGCGGACCUUUCAAAUCAAAACAGUUGAAUCAUCCUCGAUAUUCCAAUAUUUGUAUUAGAUUUUCUUACCGUACUUAUUUCAACAAGUCUCAUCUGACAGCCCGGAAUUACAGACCCCAUGGCCGGAACAGCUGUCCGCCUAACGACACGCUGCCUGACAGUCUGCCUGCUGCUGCUGCCUGCCGUACACGUCACUUCCGCCGUGGCCAGCGACAGGCGGCCAUUAUCACGUGACAGCCACCGCCCCAGUCCCUGUUGUCUCCCCUACCGGUUUCAGGCGGUGAUUGCGUCACUCCAGAGCUUCAGCGUGCAGGCGAGGCAAGUUACCCGACUCUACAGGAACUGGGAGGCGAGAAUUCAAGUCCACGAACAGGCAACCUUCACGGAAACCGGCAUAGAACAAACACUUUUCCGGCUCAUUUUGGAUUAUAAAAAUGGCAAACAGUACAUGAUCCAAGCUGGGACAUGUGAAACGAGUCCCAUAACCUCUGGCAUGUUGGAGCCUUGUAUGCCAGCUGACUCCACCUACCUGGGCAACUCUUACCUCGGUCUGUUCGCCAACCAGGCCAACUUCGACGCCUGGUAUUUUCGCCGCACGGAUCAAAACCGCAACAUUGAGAUGACCAUCAUGGUGACCAAGGACAACUGCGUGCCCAUCAUGGAGCAUAUAGCUGGCACGAUGGGUGGAGCGCCCGUGGACAACUUGGUCCUGUUUACCAACGUCACAGAGAAUGUCAACAAUUCAGAGUUUGAGAUCCCGUAUGUGUGUCUUGGUGCGAAUCCUAUGUAAGGUGACAAGCAGCGUUGACAUCCCAUGUCAGAUGUCAUCUGACAGUGACAUCCUAUAUCAGACGUCAUGUAGCAGUACAUCCCAUGCCAGAUGGCAUUCGAUAUUGGUACAUUGGUUUAUUAUGUAAAAGAUGUCAUAUGGAAUUCGAAUCCCAUGUCAAAUGUAAUGUCAGUGACAUCCUAUGUAAGCUGUCGUCUAUCUGUAUUGUAUAUGGAAUGUAAUAAACAUACGUUAUUUUAGCUUCAAACAAAACAUUUCAAAAUUGACCUGAAAAAAAAAAACAGAAGAAGAUAACAUUACGUCAACAACAUCAGUACCAUAAAUCUUCGCAUUAAUAAAUGACAUCAAAGGAGCGAAUGCCAUCACAAGCUUAUGAGAUUUAUUUUUGACAGAUUGACAUCACCUACACAUAUGACAUCAUGAGAAUACGUCGCAUCGCUUGAUAAUAAUAUCAAACAUAUAAGGUCAUGUUUUAUCUAGUAAU